ACGCCCACCAGGAAGUGUCGAUAUAAACAGCAACACUUUCGGUUUGUGCCUGUGACAAUCGCCCAAUAGCAAACAGCAAGAUCGAAAUUACAACCUUUAUAUUACAACCAACGCCUUUUACUUAACGUUAAAUGCACAUGAGACUAUCAUGGCAAAACUGGAUGAGAAAGAGAGGCUGCAGCUGGAGCAGUUUUUGACCUGUCCCGUAUGCCAUGACAUCUUUAAUGAGCCUCGGCAGCUGCCUUGUGGACACAGCCUGUGCCUCGAAUGUGUGAAGAAGAUGAUCGCCCACACCUCAGACAUCCCGUUUCGCUGUCCAGACUGCAGGGCUGACUUUGGACCGGUCAUAGAGGUCCAAAACAACUACAUCUUGUCUGGUAUUGCAGAAGAGUACAAGAGCAAGAAUAAUGAGGCAGAAGAGAAGAAUGUGUACUGUGACUGUUGCUCUGAUCACACCACUCUGGCUUUUAAAACAUGUCUGAAGUGCGAGGUGUCCAUGUGCCAAAUGCAUGUCAGAUCACAUCAGGAGCUGCCGAUUUACACGGGACAUCCUUUGGUCCAGCCCCUUAGUGACCUGCAGGAACGGAAAUGUCCCCAACACGACGACCAAGUGCUCCGAUACUACUGUCGCAUCACCAGAAAGUACAUAUGCAACCUGUGCUCCCUCAGAACCAAGCAAAAGGACCUCGCUACUCAGACCUGCAAUGUCAUGAAGAAGCAACUCACUGAAUACAUGGAUGAACAACUUAAAGUACUUCAGGAAAAGCUGUCGCAGUCUACAACUUCUGUUAAUCGUCUGCAAGAAGAAAUCCAUCAGGAAAGAAAGAGAAUGAACUCCCUUGAUUCCUGCUUUAACAGUGUCACUGUUGUCCUACUGUGUUUGUGGUUCAUAGUUCUCUAUUAUACUUACAACUACUCUUCAGAAAAUCAGAAUCUAACAAACAAGUUGGAAAGUCAGGAAAAGCAUGUGCAAAGAAUGUACUCCACAAUAGCAGAGCUGAAGCUGGAUCAGGACUAUUCGUGCAGAUGGCAAACUCCUGUACAGAGUCAUGAUGAAGAAAACUUGAUGCUGGACCUGGACAGUGUGAGUCCUUACCUUAAGGUGUCUGAGGACUUACAGACGGUGCAGCGAGUAAAGAACAAGAUAGAGUACCCCAACAACAGAUACCGCUUCACUGAGGUCCCCCAAGUGCUCUCCUCCCAAUGCUUCACCUCUGGGACACACAUUUGGGAAGUGGAGGCCAACGGCUACUGGGAAAUUGCUGUGACUUUCAAAAGCAUCCAGCGCAAAAUCAAAGAAACAAGUUCAUUUGGGGGCAAUGCAAAGUCGUGGAGCCUCUUGCACAAUGAUGAAGGCAAACUGUAUGUUCUACACAACAAGGAGAAGACGGCUCUGGCUGAAAGUCUAAAGACAAACCGCAUAGCAGUGACUGUGAACUUUGUCAAAGGUGCUAUCGCGUUCAGCACUACAGGAGGCAAAGGGACAAAGCUUCACGAAUUCAAGGUCCAGCUGACAGAGUCGGUGUGCCUCGGGAUCGGACUGUAUCGAGCAGAUCUCUCCAGCUCAGCCUCCAUCUUGAAGGCGUUUAGAGUCAAAGAAACCCCAGUCUCAUGAUGUACUAGGGUUUUUGAAUAUGGCGGUGCAAUUAAUAGAAUUUUACAGGUUUUUAUUUUUAUGAUUUGUGUGUGUGUGUGUGUGCUAAAUGGCACUGGAGAGGAAAGCCUUAAUUUGUUGUUAAAGUAGAGAUUUUUUUUAUAUAGAAUCGCUUUCUCUAUGAACAUUGUAAUUGUAAGUUGUAUUUAUUUAUUAUUUAUAUCACCCUGGCCUGUUUAUUUUUUAGCUUUAGGACAAAAGUCUGAACACAUUUGACUCAACACCUUGAACAAAGCAAGUUGCAGAGGAGCCAAUGUACUGCAACUGCAGGCAUUUUAGUCCUGAGUAAAUACCAAGUUAUAUUUGUAAAAUCUGACAUUAUAUGACAUUACAUUUGAAUUACCAUCACACAAGCUAAAAUAACAAACACAGACAUUAACAUAUAAAACAUUGAAUUAUAUCAGAUUUUUCAAUAAGGCUCAUUUCAGAUCCACAUCAACUGUUUUAACCAGGUCCAAGUUUAAAGCAUAAAUUAAUGACUUAACCCAAAAGAAGCCCGAGUGCUACUGUUAGAGAAGCACUGAGUUCCUAAUGCAACUUAAGGUGAGUAACCACAUAGUAAUUGACUGGUAGUGAUGUGAAGACCAUUUUAGUACAAUCUAUUGUGCAUAUGUGUACUUCCCAAUCUACUUAAGAUGAAAUAAAGCCAUAAAUAAAAAGUCUAACAAUGACUGCAAGCUGC